AGGGAUUUCAUGUACAUCGUAGACGGUUAUGACUUUGUGAAAAGGCGUAAAUUUUUUUGGUGUAUCAACAAUCAUGAUGUGGGUGGAGGCGAGGAAGCAGGAGCGGAAAAUCAAAGGGAUGCUGGUGGAUUUUCGAAAACGAGCCGAAAGAAGACGAGAUUUCUACGAGAAAUUCACUCAAGAUCCAUCGCAAUCCCUCCAGCUGCAUGGACGCCCUUGCAAGAUGCAUCUAGAGCCUGCCUCUAGCUCUGGAGCUGGAGGAGAAUCUGGCAUGGGAAUGAUGCCGUGGCAAGGAGAUUCAAAAGUUCUAAUCGAUCGUUUCGACGGACGAGCGCAUUUGGAUUUCAUCCCGGAUGCGAAAUCAUUCGCAGUGGGAAAAAAUGAAAGCGAAGCUACUGAGAUGGGUGUUUACGACACUGAUUUGAGCCCCAGUGCCUUGGCGCAGGUCAACUACGAGCGCUACAGGAUUCUCGUUCAAAACGAUUUUCUUAACGUUUCGGAAGAGAAGUUCCUGCAGCAAAUCUACGUCGAAGAGAAAUUCGGCCCUGUGACAAAAACUGGAGAGGAAGAGAAAAAGCGUCAGCUAGCCGACAAACGUGUGGCCAUCAACUACACCUACACAGACUCGUCAUUGCCGACACCGUCGACGAAAUCCGAAGAGAAGCCUGCCGAAGAGGAAGACGACGACAGCGACAUGGACCUCGACGUCUGCGUCGACGUCACGCAGCUAAACCGGGACCAGUGCACGGAAAUGAACGAGGCAGCGAAAAAAUAUCGGGUUCCCGGCGAUAAUUACGUGAAUUAUUUGUACGAGGAUCAUCUGGAGCAAGAGGCGUUACGAAAGGCGAAGCAGGAAGAAGAAGAAAAGCAGGCGAUUUCAGGGAAAAAGGGCAGACGAGAACGAAGGCAGUUUCGAGAGCGGAAAAUGAUUUCCAUUCACAGGAAACUCAGUCCACCGAGUUAUGCCGCAAAAAACAUUCCCUCAGCCAGCGACCCGUUCAAAAAAUCCCGCGUGCUGAGUCGUUCGAAGUCCAGGUCCCCAACUCGUUCUCCAUCUCCAAAGAUGACCAAAGUAACCUACAUUACGUCCUUCGGUGGCGACUCCGACGAAGAAGACGCCGGCGCCGCUGGUGAAAAGGACUCCGGUCCGCGCGGCAUUUUCAUUCCGAUCACGGCUCGCCGCCACGACGACACCGACGGCAAGAAAUCCGCCUCGCACGGGGCACCAAGCAUCUCUAAAGGAUUAACUUUAGGCGCCGCGGCGUACGAAGUGGCGGCGAAGAAGGAGCGGGAGUCGCGAAGGAGACGGAGUCGGAGGAGCUCAAGCGAAGAUAGCCGGGGAAGAAGAAAAAGAAGAAACAGCGUUAGAUCGGAUUCUUCGGGGUCGAGGAGAAGGAGGCGAAGGCGGCGCUCGAAUAGUCGGAGCAGGAGCAGAAGUAGGAGUAGGAAUAGACGAAGGAGCAGUAAGGAUAGGCGGGAUAAGAGAAGUAGGCGGUCGAGGAGUGAUUCUUCUAGAAGUUCAUCCCGUUCGAAGUCCUCUCGUAGGAAGAAGGGCGGCAUCAGAGCUGAAUCAAAACCGAAGAUAAUUGUGGAGAAAAUCGAAACUCCGGUUGUUGUUGAAGAACCCGUUUGCGCCGCGCCGGAACCGGAAGUUGUGGUGAAGCUUCCUUCGCCGCCGCGACGCUCUUAUUACGGUCGUCGUAAGGGCAGCUCGUCAUCAUCCUCGGAAGACGAGUCAAAAGAAAAGGUUGAAGAAGAAAAGAAAGAGGUUGGCGGGAAGAAAGUGGCGAGGAUCCCUGCUAUUCCUUCGAUUCCAAGGGUACCCACGGGUUCACCGCCGGGUUCAGAGCAGCGUUCCCCGAGGUCGCAAACACGUUCGCGUUCUUCAUCUUCCUCAUCGACGUCAUCCUCUCGUUCCUCCGAGUCCCGACGGCGGCCGUCUCCGCAGCCGCCGUCUACAUCUGCGAGAAGUCCGCGUGGGUCUGGGCCAUCGAAUGCGUCUUCCAAAGUCAGUAAGAAAUGGUUGGCGAGGUGGGAGGACCUGGAAAUGGUGGCC